AUGUCAGCCACCUUGCAUAAGAUCAUUGUUGGUGUCGAUUUUGGAACAACUUUCACUGGCAUCAGCUGGGUCGACUCAUCGAAGAAACAUCUCAACGACAUCGACCUGAUUCGUUCCUGGCCUGGCCCUACCCGAGAGCAGGAUGAGGUCUGUAAAACACCAUCGCGAAUAGCCUAUAAAUGUGAGAAUCCAUCUAUCAGCAAUGGGGCCGCAUGGGGCUACCAGGUUGAGGCAAGAAUGAAGUCCUACAGCUGGAUGAAGCUUCUGCUUGAUCCAAAGAUCUAUCGAUACACUAUCUUAUAUCUCGAGAAACGUCUGGGCGCUGGGGUUGUUCAGGCAAGUCCCCUUAACUUCUGGUUCACGAUCCCGGCAAUGUGGUCGGAUAAGGCAAAAGAGGAUACACUUCGUGUUGCUAUCAAGGCUGGUUUUAAAAGCCGACCAAAGGACGACAUUACUAUCAUCACAGAGCCAGAGGCGGCUGCUAUAGCUACUCUCACUACGCUCUCCGACGAGGAAAACGCAUACGAUGUCAGAGCUGGGGAUAUUAUACUCAUUUGCGACUGUGGUGGUGGAACGGUCGACAUUAUCACCUAUCUUGUCAACCAGGCUAGUCCCGUAUUCAAAUUUGAGGAGCUUUUGGUCGGAAUUGGAGGCAAAUGUGGUUCAACAUUCAUCGAUCGCAACUUCCAGCGGUGGAUGGCCAGAACGUUUAAAUCGGCCUGGGAAAACCUCAAGCCUGAAAAGAAGGGCCCUGGAAGUCGACUUAUGAGAGAUUUUGAGGCUGCAAAACGCGACUUUGGCACCCAGGGUACAUUGGACAAGGACAAGAGAUAUGAAAUUGAGUUUGUGAUCCCGAAUGCAUCGGACUUUGAGCAUUAUGAUGCCGAUGAAGGAUUGGUUGUUUUCACAAGACAAGCGAGCGUGGUGAAAGGUGCAGCCCUAGCAGCCUUGAAAAACAGCCGCCCACAGAAACGAAAAUCCCGGCUGCAUUAUGGCGUGAACGUUAGCAAAGAGUUUCGAGAGGGGGUUGAUUCCGAGAAGAAAGCUUGCUAUAGUGACUGGGAUGGCAGGAAAAUGUGUACUGACCGUAUGAUGUGGAUCAUUAAUAAGGGUGACUCUAUUGGCAAAGAAGACAAACUUUCUUACGAUCUUGUGGAGUCACGGUUUGAAAAUCAGUCUUUAGCGACAUGCAUAAGAUUUUAUACCUAUGAGGACGAUUGUGCCCCCGAGUGGUGUGAUUCAUCAUGUCGGAAUGUCGGAAAGCUUUGUUGGGAGUUUAAGAAAAGUGACCUGGAAUUGUUUGAGUCAAAAAAACAUUCAAACGGUCAGACCAUGUGGCAGAUGGCAUAUAGCGUCGUUUUCGACCUCUUUGCAGAUAAGGGCGUAUUGCAGUUCAAGGCUAUAGGUCCUCGAAAUGAGAACCUUGGAGAGAUUGCAAUCGAAUAUAGUGGUGCCAGUGACCAGAGACACAUUGGACCUCAAGAGAGGAUAGGCAUGGCAUUUUCCACUUGA